AUGGGGUACCAACUGGACGGUGCGCCAACCGCGGAGUGCCUGCCCUUUGAGGACGACUACGUUGACUGGGCCGGCUAUUGGAGUAACCCUCCCCCCUCUUGCAUCGCCGUGCAGUGCGAGCAGCCGACAGCUCCUGAGAACGGUGCUAUGAGUGGCGACACCCGGUACCAGAGCGUGAUCCAGUUCCGGUGUCAGAGGGGGUACGAAAUUGAAGGUGAUGAGAGAAUCACCUGCCAGGCAGACGGUACAUGGAGCGGCAACGUUCCAGUCUGCAGAGACAUCGACGGCUGCUCCCCCAACCCCUGUGCCCCCCGGGCCACCUGUACGGACACCCCUGCCCCCGGGAUCGGCGCCACCUGCACGUGUGAACCCGGAUAUGAGGGGGACGGGACUGCAGAUGGAACAGGAUGUAACGCCGUGCGAUGUUCACAGCCGGUACCUCCAGCUAACGGCGACAUGUCCUGGUCCCACACCUACAUGGAGGAGGUCGUGUUCACCUGUCGUGAGGGAUACAGACUCGUAGGUGCUCGGAGCGUCACGUGCCAGCAUGACCGCACGUGGAGCGACAGUUUCCCGACGUGUACAGACAUCGACGGCUGUUCCCCCAACCCCUGUGCCCCCCUGGCCACCUGUGCUGAUGUCCUCGCCCCCGGGACCGGCGCAACCUGCACGUGUGCAGCCGGAUAUGACGGGGACGGGACCUCGGAAGGAACAGGAUGCACAGGGCGGCUGGACCUGGUGUUUACGAAUGUUGGGGUGGACCACGUCACCGUGACCUGGACUGGUCCGGAUGACCUGGACAUUGCGGGGUACCAGGUCCGUUACAGUCACGGCGGCGGGCCAUACCGGGACCUUGUCCCGCCGCCCGACCCCAACAGCACCGCGGCAACAGUGCGGGGACUGUGGGCAGACACGGAGUACACGGUCGUGGUUACGUCUCUCGGGGAAGGUGGCGAGAAGAAUGGAGAAGGCAACGGGGUGGUGACAACGGCUAAGGUGGUGGUGGAUGUGGAAUGCUCAGAGGGAACCAUGAGGGUUUCCAUACCGCUGGCCGCACUGCCAGGUGUGGACCUGAACAGCUUGCACCUGCUGGACCACACCUGUAUGGCCACCGUCGGUCCAGCUGCGGUCACCUUGGAGACUGGUCUGACGGAGUGCGGGACUAUUAAACAAGCAAAUACGGAAUAUGACAAGUUCAUCUUCAUGAACGAGGUUAUCUCUGAGCAAGUGACUCUUGAGAACGGGGCUGUGAGGGGCACUGACUUCAGGCGGAGGUUUCAGUGCGAGUUCCACCGGCAGUUCGUCAUCUCACAGGGACGGGAGAUCAUGUAUAACAUCCCCUCACCAAGUGUGGAAAUCGUGGAUGCGGACGACAUCUUGACCUUCAACUUGAACAUGUUCACUUCGGCAGACUUCAGCACCAUGUACGACUCCUCCGACUUUCCUUUGGUGAUGAGCUCCUCGGACCGGCUGUAUUUCGGACUGAGUCUGGACACGGAGCUGGACGUACUGGAACUGUUCGCGCUGCAGUGCGUGGCCACGCCCACCACGGACCCGACCGCCGAGCCCAACGUCCGGGUCAUUCACGAAGGAAAUGUCCAAAUGUCCUCCUAUUCUUUUCCUGUCCUCUGCUACAGUUGCCAUUUGGACCCGACCAUAACAAAGGACGACACCCGGUCCAGCGACACAGCCUUGUACUACUCCGUCGAUGCCUUCACUAUUCCCAACGCUGAUGAUUCCCGCCUGGUGUACUUCCAUUGCACCAUGCUGGUCUGCCUGAAGGACGACCCAGACUCGCGGUGCAAGCAGGGAUGUAUCUCCUCACGACGCAGGCGCGCUCUGACGCAAGAGAUCCGACCUUCGACCGCUCUUGGCAAGACCCAAGCUCCGACCGCCCUCGGUAAGACCCGAGCUCCGACCGACCUCGGCAAGACCCAACCUCCGACCGACCUCGGCAAGAUCCGAGUCCGCCGCGAGAGCAUCACCGAACGCCGGGCCAACAUCUCCCAGGGACCGAUCAUUAUUGCGGAUGGGCAUGAUGACCACGUCUUCCCAACCAUCGGGGUUGCGAUGGGAACCGUGGGUGCCGUCCUGGGUGUCAUGCUGCUCGUGGCCGCACUGGGGCGCGGCAGGAAGAAGCGUGAUCAGGACAUCAAAGAGAUGGCGGCUGAGCGUUGUGUCGUGCUGGACAACAGCGCCUUCCUCUCUAUGGAACAGAUGAAGCGAUGGGGCGCCAACCCUGCUUACGACCCGGAGUAGGCAUUGGAAUCUGAGACUUAAAUAAGCAUCUAUAUUCUCUUCUGAGCCUUUC